CCUGUGAACAUUGUGAUCAGAUUUUGAAAAAACUAUUUGAUACAAUUCAAGAUACAGAACUCAUGAUACAAUACUACCGUGAUAGUUGAUGCCAAAAUAAAGUUUUUGUUAUCAUUUUUACUUUUAAGAUGUAUGGUAAAAAGUUGAAAAAUGCACUGUUGAUUUAAAAUGUCAAAUUUUGGUAUUACAUCAGGGGUGGACUUGAAUAAGCUUGGUCCUGGUCCCCAGUGUACAAGUCAGUAACAAAGGUUUAUGUGUCAGGUGCUUUGUUUCUUUAACUACUUAAAAAGCCCUUUAAAUAAUACAUCAUCCUCCCACUGCCCCCACCACAUGUCUUUCAGCUUUACAUCUGUGGACCAGCAAGCUUAUAUUGUGACCUACAACACUUUUAUAUAUUAUAACAUGUUGGCAUAUUUACUGCACCAUUUGCCACACAAUGUAGAUCAAAGAAAAAUGUUUUUUUUUUUUUUUUUUUUUUUAAUGUUUUUUAUAAACUAGUCAGUCAGAAAUCUGACUAGCUGUUAAUAUUAGCAAAGUUAAUAUGGACAGUUUCUUAAAGGUGAAUCUAGUACAACAUUAGGCAUGAGUAAUUGGGUAAUUUGCAUUAUUAAGACAAAAUUAAAAAUGAAUUGUUGGAUCCUUAAAACCUUGUGUCCUCAAAAUCUCACUCUAACCAGCCAAAGAAAGAUAUUUAUAAAUAAAAUAACUGUUGUUCAAUCAGUUUUGAGAGCAAAAUUAUAUCAAUUUAAGUUCAGCAGUGUCCACAGUAUGUUGUUUUAGGCCAAGAAGUUUUCUCAGUUUUAGUUCAGGGUUAAAGAGAGAUGGUGAAUCUUUGGUUUUUGUGAGACAAAAUAUCCUCAAACCCCCCCGACUUACAAAUAAGGAAUACAAUCUUAAGGAGGCAAUGCCAUAAGAAAUACUAGCGUUGCAAAGUUUCAAACAUUGUCCAGAAAAGUACAAGAAAGGAGGGAAAUAAGAAAUAGUGAUACAAAUAAGUUGUAUUUUAAGGAUAAUUUUAAUAAGGAGAAACAAAUAUGAUAUUUUCAUUUAGUAUGUGUACAUCAGCUUAUGAAAAUGUAUUUAACAAGUUAAAAUAUUAAUACUUUAGCGAUGAAACGUAGUUUAUUAUCAUCUGCUGAGCGAAGAUGAGGGCCAGACAGGAGAGUCACAAGCAGACUCUGAUCCUCCGGAUGAUGUUCGUGUGCUUCAAGCUGCCCAAAACAACAGCUGUAUGAAAGCCUCCUCACGCCCCUCACUAAUGCUGAUUUUAUUAAAGUCGCAUUCAGACUGUUUGCUGAACACACAGCGGACGCGUUCAGGCUUUUAUCAACUUUUCAAUUAAAACGAGGGCUCAAAUGUACACGCGGCUUUUCCCCGUGGCUGAUGCUCGCCUUGGAUUUGGUCUGACGGAGGCAAAAGAAACAUUUCCUCUCCGCGUAUUUUCGUCUCCAGUGAAAGCUCAGAACCUCUGCUCGGUGCUCACUUUGUUUUGACUGCGACAAACUAUUUUACCACUCCAGUUUUGUCCCAAAUGUAAGAGAAGAAAACACAAACGCGAGGGGCUCGUGAAGACGCAGAUACACCGAGCACGGCGGUUGAGUCUAUAAGGUUCUCAUGUGUUAUUUAAGAGCGCAGCGGCGCUCGAGCGCUGUUCAUUGCCGAAAUCAGACAGCGUUUGAAAGACUGUAGAUCCGACUCCAGAAAGAUAUGGCAGAAACUGUUCCAGCCCCGGCUGCUGCCGCCCCGGCCAAAGCGCCCAAGAAGAAGUCAGCUGCGAAAGCCAAGAAAGCAGGUCCAGGUGUCGGUGAGCUCAUCGUCAAAGCUGUAUCCGCAUCCAAGGAGAGGAGCGGCGUGUCCCUCGCCGCCCUGAAGAAGGCUAUCGCCGCCAGCGGCUACGACGUGGAGAAGAACAACUCCCGCGUCAAGAUCGCCCUCAAGAACCUGGUGACUAAAGGCACCCUGGUGCAGGUCAAAGGGACCGGCGCUUCGGGCUCAUUCAAGCUCAACAAGCAGCAAGCCGAGCCCAAGAAGAAGCCGGCCAAGAAAGCGGCUCCUAAAGCGAAGAAGCCCGCGGCCAAGAAACCCGCUGCUGCCAAGAAGCCCAAGAGCGCAGCGGCAAAGAAGCCCGCCGCAAAGAAAUCUCCCAAGAAGGCCAAGAAACCGGCCGCCACAGCCGCCAAGAAGGCGACGAAGAGCCCCAAGAAGGCAAAGAAGCCAGCAGCCGCUAAGAAAGCAGCCAAGAGCCCCAAAAAGGCCAAGGCGGCUAAACCUAAGGCGGCAAAGCCUAAAGCCGCCAAGCCUAAAAAGGCAGCGCCCAAAAAGAAAUAAAGUUUUUUAGUGUUUCUCCUCAACGGCUCUUUUAAGAGCCACCCACUAAAUCUGAAAAAGAGCAGAACUCCUUUACUGAUUUGACCUGUAAUUUUAAUAGUUAUGGAAGUAAAUUCUUGUGAAAGCUUAAUAUUUGUUAACAUGCGUGUUCUGGGCGCAGUAUUUCAAUUACAAAAAGCAGAGGGACAUUCUACAGUGAUUAACGUGAGAGAACACUUAACAUUGCUUCAUACUUACUAGUUUUAAAAACUGAAAUUCAGUAUAUACACCAGCAAGUGGACGAGCCCGGAGAUUUAGUGUUAAUGCUUAGUACAAAGCUUAAAAAAAAAAUAAUAAUAAUAGUGGCGGGCCUCGUUUACCCUUCCAGGUGGACGUGAAAAAAUGCUCGUUUCACAGACAAGGCUUAAGCUAGUCACAGACUAAAAUGCAUGUUUGAGCUGUGGUAACUGAAAGCAGCUUGUACUUUUUUUUCUUUCUCUAGAGAACGUUUUUAAAAGCUACAUAAAUAUUGAACUAAGUUCAAGUUAAUCCUGGUUUAGUCUAAGCCCUGUCUGUGAAACCGGGCCUUAAUCUUGGUGAAGCAAAUUAUUUGUAAAGCUUAUGUUAAAAUGUUGUUUCACCACUUUAGCUCAACUGACAAUGUUUGACACAUGCUGACUGUAUACUUGGAAAUGCCAUAAACUACGACAGAUGUUAAUAUUUAUUUAUCUUAAUAAACAAUAAAUUAUUAACCUUA